AUGCGUAAUAUCUCUAUUGAUGAAACUAAUUUAAUCACUAAAGGGUGUUUGUCUAUAACAGCAAACAACUGUAAUGAGUGCUUAUGCAAAGCGUAUCAAAAUACACAUGUUAUUCUAUUCACUUGCAAUUCAUUCUCAUCUCACAACGUCUCGUGUACAUUAUAUUGUUAUGCACCGGCAUCUCAGUAUUUUAUUCAUACUACAAAUGCUUCGUCAGUCUAUGUCAUUCGAUAUGGUCAAAACUGUUGUAAUUGGUCAUGGUUAAUUGAGCAAAUUAACAAUGCUAUAAACAAUACAGUUAGAAUAAGCGAACCAAGAUUUCUUGCAUUAGAUGACGAUGGGAAUAUUAUUACAACAUCAAAAUAUGAGAAAUUAGUUGUCAAAUACAAUCCAAAUAAUUUGACUGAGAUUACCAGAUCACAUAGAUUAGACGAUCCUCCUGUAAACGUCGGAUAUUACAAGCAACAUUAUUAUGUUGGUUUUGAGAAUAAACCAAUGGAAAUAUUUAAUUCAACAUUUCAUAAGUUAGAUGGUUUAAUAAAUGACGGUGGUUUAAAAUCACCGUUAACUAUCGCCUUCCGUAAUGACACAAUGUUCAUCUGUACACAAAUAAGGGACAUAGUAUUAUAUGAUGUUAAAGAUCCAAAGAAUAUUAGGGAAAUAGAGAAAGUAGAAGUAAAAGAGGAUGGCGUAGCGUUAGCACCGCGGGGUUUACUUAUUAUCGACAAUACCAACUUUUACACAGCAUCAUUCGACAGUAAUAAUAUUAAAAUCUAUUCUAAAAGUGGUGCAGGAUCGUGGACGUUCGCGACGUUCAUACAAGCUCAUACUGAUGUCAAGGCAAAAAAUGUGACUGAUUUCAGAAUGGACGAUUGUGGAAGAGUAUGGAUCGUGGAUGAGGGCUUCCAUCAUAUCAAGAUUUUUCAAGGUGACGAUUUAAUAGGCACUAUUACAGGGCUAAAUGAACCGUUCAAUCUCUUAAUUUUAAAAAACUAUGUCUUGAUCAUAACGCAAAAGAGUGGUGAAAUCAUUCGAAUAGAUCCAAGAGUGUCAUGUAACAAGUAA